GCGCAAUACUUGAAACGGAAAUACAGUAACAGUAUUCAGACGGUACUCUCACAAUGUUGCAUUAACACGUUGACUGCUGGUCAAAUAUUUUUGAAAAUUUCUGGUAGGGUUAAAUGUUAUUUAGACUAUUGGAGAUUACUUAAUCAGAUUUUUCUAACAUCGUUUAAAUUCAUUUCCUUUGAUGCUUAACUUUCAGAAUGAAUUGUUUUAGUUGUUCAGUGAAAAGCAUCGUCAGCAAUAUGUGCGUGAGAUGUCGAUCAACGUAUUAAGGUUACGCGCGUUGCGAGCAAGAACUGUUCGUCAGAAUUGUACGUCCGCUCCUGCAGAAACGAGGGAAAUACUAUGGCGAGAGCGAAAGAGAGAAAGGCGAGCAUAGUUCCUUGCCAAGCGAAUGUUGGCAGCGCUCGAAGAGCGGCCAAACCGGUCGUGCGGAGUCGUCGAGACACUUAGAGACGCUUGGGCUGCGUGGUGCCCUGGGUAAACAAAAGAUGGUACGGAACGGCGUCGUGUAAUACAGUCGUGGCUGGAAGAGGGUGUCUCGACGGCGACGCUGCCAACAGUCGACGCCGACGAUCGAUUCGUGAAUCGAUUAUCAUCAUUGUUGCUCUUUUCCGGCCGUCUCCCUUGGGGAACCGAGCGAAAUGACACUCAGGACUCUGAGCUUUAUUUGCUUCGUUAUGAAAGACCACGAUAAAAAACGAUUUAAGAAAUACUACCGCGGAAUCUGUCUUCUUUAAUCCGACUUGAGUCCCGAUAAAAUUAUAAUGGACAGUUUGAAUCGCGACACAGAUUUCUUCUUUCUUCGUUCCUGUUAGUGACACAUCCAAGUAUGUGCACACGAGUGCAAUGCGAGUCAGCGAAGUUACACGGUAUGACGAAUUGGGUCGACUUUAUAUGCACUUUCCUAUUUACGGGUUCGUUUAGUCCGUCGUCAAGUCUUUCGAUUAGUGUAUCGCGUUUGUGAUCACGAACAUUAUUCCGUUAGAAUUUCGUUAGAAUCCGCUCCGAGCACGUGGCACUCUGCCAAUGGAAAAAUAACUCGUAGACUGCUUUAACAACCACCGAUAACUGUGAAAAUUUGUGCCUUUGAAAUCAGACAAUCCGUCGUUCUUAUCAACUUAUCGAUUGAAAGAACUUGCAACGAAAGUUCGAUUACUGGAAAAUUGAAGUAAAGUUGGAAAUUAUGGAAAUGUAAAUGAACUCCUUUCAAGAAAUCGGUGCCCGUUGAUGUGAUAUAAUUGUUAAACUAGUCUGUAACGAUCGAUCGAUAACGCCCGAUUGGCGCGAUGGCUACGAAAAUCAAAAUGGAACACGUUCGAAGCUACAUCGAUCCGCAGAUCGGCAAUCCUGCGAAAAGUACGGGGAAUUUCAUCGAAUGGAACGUUGAUAUGAACGUGACCAUCUCGAACGUGAAGAAAUCAAAGAUGUUCCAAAGAUCGCGCGGUAUUGUCCUUUUUCUCUUGGUGAUCGUUUUCGCUGUUAUCCUAUCUCACCUUAGAAAGGAAGUGCGCGCCCUACAAGUGCAGAUGCAAUCCGUGAACGUCAACCUAUUGAUACUGAUGUCCAAGUACGACAGGUUGAACAGAAGCUUCAAUCGAGCUUGGAGUCAACGGCCCGACAAGUUCCUCGAGCAGAGGAACAUGCACAACGUAAAACGGAUCUUGGACGGAGCUUCGACGGCCUCCAAAGUCAUUCAAGUAUUCGAUGAAAUUCGCAAUGCGUCGAAUGGAAAUUCCUAUACUUACAACUCGGUUGCUCCCUAUUUAAAUUCUACUAGAAACUCGGAGGACGAAUUCUCGUCGAAUAACAACAUUCGCGGAACGAACAAAGGGAACUAUAUAACAAUUCCAAAAACGUCGACGGAGUUGGAAAACAAUGACAAUUUCGGCAAUAAAGAUGAAACUAAUUUAAGGAUCGAAAGGGCAAUAUUGACGGUAGAAAAGCAAAAUUCGACAAACAGACACAGUGAUCUGAAUAGUGACGAUGUCACGGAUAAUAGUAAUAUUAAAGAUGAUUAUGAUGACGAUGAGUCUGAUAUAUGGAAAGAACCUCGUACUGGAAGGGCAAGAAGAGACGAGGGAAGAGGUAAAAAACGGGGAAAGAACAAAAGGCGGCCCAAACGCAGUCGCAGGCGAUUGGGACCUUUGGUGGCAACGUUUGUCGGAGCGAUUCCCGAGCAGCACAUCACAGAUACAGUUUACAUUGGUCCAUGGGUCAAAAGCGUCAAAAGUAAUACUCAGUAUAGUCUAAAUAAAUUCCAUUUGGUCGAAGACAAAAAAUCCAUAGAAGUUACAACAACCGGUUUAUACAUGAUUUCUGCUCAGAUUUUUUAUUUCGGCGAACCAACAAAUUAUUCCUACUGGAUACUAUUAAGUUCAGAAGGCAAAUCCACGACACAAAAACUCGUAAAAUGUUCUACAGCGUCUUCGACGUCGGCCACAGAAGUGUCAUGUUAUACAAGCGUCAUCACGCCCUUACAAAGAGGUGACAGAGUUCAUAUUCAACAACAGGAGAAAAAUAGAUUAAUCAAUAUGCGAGAAGGACAUAGUUACGUACAACUUGUACUUCUGUCUAAUAACACUCGUAGAAAACGUCUGCGGUGAAACAAUACGAUACAAAUGAAAAUUAAGGUUGAGUGUAAUUUACCGAGGAACGAUUAACGCUUAUGUUAAUUUAAUGGCGAUUCAAAUGUAGUUUAACACUUCGUAACCCAAACUAUUUUUGGCUUCUUGUUACAGAAGGUUAAGCUCCAUAAAAGUGAUACAUAAAAAAAAUCGUGUACAGUACUUGUUUACGUUACUUUUUGUGCAAAUAUUGUUUUUCGUUUUAAUUUUCAGGAGAAUUUGUUGUAAAAGUAAUUUCCGAAUACAAAGAUGCCAGCAUUUAUCUCUUUCGCGUAAGCAAAGCUUCGAUUUUAUGUACAAUUGUCUUAAGAUUUCAUAAUGGAUACAAACUGUACAAAGUAUAAUGUUAGAUUGUAAAUAAAUUAGAUUGGUGCUUAUUUUCGUAUUAUCGUAUUCGGGUUUUUAUAUACAGUCACUGAAAUUUGCACUUAACAUUAUACCUUUGUACAUUUAGCAUUUAACUUAAGACAAAUAACAAUUGACGAUGUGAUGUUACGUUUUAAGAAGAGUCAGUAAGAUUAAUUAACGCAGCAUAUUACUGCGUUAUUAUUUGAUACUAAGAUUAUAUACUAUUACGGAGAUGCCAUAUUGUUGAAAAAUUUUUUUUAAGAAGAUUGUGGAAGUAUACAGACUUCGAAUAGAAAAUAUAUUUUUCAGUUUUUUACAUUUUUUUUAUAUUGUUUACAACAUUUAUAUUCAAUGUUAAUGUCAAACACAAAAUAUAAAUAAACGAAACAGAAGAAAGUUCACAAAGUA